AUGUUACGCCCAAACGACGAAGAUGUCGAAGACGCCCAGAAAAGCACAACUAGAUCGAGAAGCUCUUUGGGAGACUUGCCGCCAGAGCUGAUCACGGAAAUAUUGAGUGCAGCAGACGACGCCACCACUAUCAGCGGCCUUGCUCGCACAUGUCGAGGCCUAGCACGCAUCGCCAACUGCGCUCUCUACCGCGCUUCUUUCCGAGGGACAGAUCCAACUAGUUGGGCCAUUGACCGCGACCGUUUUGAUACUCUCACGCAGAUAUUGACGCAUCGGUCCACGCCGAGAUGGGCCAUCCACCCUCAGGACCUGAGAGCACAUCUCGUAGGAGCGUUAAGAACUGGCAGCUUCAGAAUCGCUGAUGCCCUCCUUAACGCGGGGGCAGAAAUACUCUACAGCGCCGGCUCGAGGCCAGAAUUACGCAGCGAAGAAGUUGCAAUACGGACAAGCGGAUCUCACGGGCACCUCGGAUCCCUCGCCCUCGCCGCUCGCAGCCGCUACCACCUGACCUUUUGGUACAGACCCACCAAGCCGUAUACGUCCGAAGCUGAGUAUUGGAGAUGGAAGAAACGGACGAUGAUGAAGAUCCUCGCGCGAAUGAGGAUUGAUGUUUCACGGAGGCAUAUGAAAUAUCCCACACUCUCCUUCGAUGGAUACCGCAGAGAGCUCGACAUCGCGCUCAUCGAAGCUGCAAACGCAGAUGCCCACUCGAUCGAGAUGAUGGAGUUUCUCCUCGCCACAGGAGCAAACAUCAAUGCUGAGAUGAACGAUCAGUACGUCGGCCAGGUCUGGCGGAACGCUUUGGACGAUGAAGUUCCUAGCUUGUUCCGCGCCAAGGUCGAAUUUCUCAUGGAGCGCGGUAUCAAUACGAACAGAGUGUGGUCUUGGCAGGGGCCUCUGACGCCCGCAGAGUUCUUUCUGAAGAAGCUGCAUUGGAGCUGCCUCUUUUCGACAGACACAUCUUUCAUCGAUCGGGCCCUCUGGAUGAUGGACUUAUUGGAGGGUUGGUGCUGCUUGGAAUGGCCACUUGCUUCUUUUGAAGCUUUCAACACAUGCGAGACGGCUGCGCAGGGGAGCGAGUUGGCUGGUCUCGAGAUGGGUGCAGCACGUGAGCUGGAGUUGAUAUUGGAUGACACGGAGGAUUCUUUGAAGCCGCUACAGACGGCGUUGAAGCAGCAUCUCAGCCGAAAGUUGCUCAAGAAGCCCUUGGUGACUUUGAGGGAAGAUCAAGGUUCCGAAAUCAUUGAUGACCAUGCUAGCAAGCAAGGUUUUGUUGACAUGGAGUGUCUGCCGGAAGCAAUAUUGCGACUGGAAGACUUGCGCGAGGAAUGGCUAGCUGAAAGCUGCUCGGAGAUGUGA